AUGAAUUUAAUAAAUAAUAAAUAUGGUAUUACCCUAGCUUUUGUUAGAGCAUGCGCUAUGAAAGUUACCGAACUUAUGCUUCACGAAAUAAGAAAGGAACCGCCCGGAAACAGUCCUUGGUACGUUCUUGUCGCAAAAGCCUACAUGGAUAAAAGUCGAGUGGAUGAUAAAAAAAGUUCACACGUCCAUUACGCUUGUGGCUGGAACAUCUACAGCAUGAGAUUCAUGGGGCUUUGGCCGGAUGAGAAGUUGAUCAGCCCAUCGGAGAACAUAAAAGUUUUCUCCGCGAUAUUUUUCAUGUUUUUUUUCGUAAGCUUACCGCAAACGAUAAAUCUUUUCUUCAUAUGGGGUGACUUCGAUCUGGUCGUAGAAAAUCUGUCUAUGGAUAACAUGACCAUUUCUAUUGCUAUUCUGAAGACUAUCGCUUUUUGGUUUAAUGGAAAAUCCCUGAAAGGACUGUUAAACUUCAUGGAGAAGGAUCGCAAGGAAGCUACGAAAGAAGAUGACGUUAAAAGGAUGAUGAUCGUAGCUGAAAUCUCAAGAAAAAUAACCAUAACGGCCAACAUAAUGUGUAACAGCCUCGUCGUUUUUUACGCCAUAAUGCAUUUGGCAACAAAUUAUGCAAGCGCCCGUGGACUCUUCUUCCCAGCCUAUUUUCCAUGGGAAACGAAACCCAGUCCAAAUUACGAAUUAAUCUUUUUCGGACAAUUAAUGGGUUCCUUUUAUGCUUGCGCUACUUAUUCCGUGGUCGACACAUUCGUCGCUACUCUGGUGUUACACGUUUGCGGACAAUUGGCUAAUCUUAGGCACGAGCUAAUUAAUUUGCGAAGCGAAACGAAUAAUGAAUUUCAGGCAAAGUUAGGACGCAUCGUCAAGAAACACGAAUACCUUAACGGAUUCACAGAAACGAUUGAAAAUUGCUUCAACAUUAUGUUACUGAUUCAGAUGUUAGGAUGUACCAUAACACUCUGCUUGGAAAGCUUUCAAACGCUCGAAUCUCUAACAGGUGAAAAGGAUAAAUUCUUUCUAUUGGAACUCGGAUGCGCAGCAUUCUACGUCUGUUAUAUCCUAAUUCAACUUUAUCUCUAUUGUUACGUGGGCGAGAGACUUCUUUCAGAGAGUACAGAAAUGGCGACCGCUGCCUACGAAUGCGAAUGGUACAAUUUGUCACCGAACGAAGCAAAAUGUCUCAUACUGAUCAUGCGCCGCGCGAGAUCGCCCUUGCGCAUUACAGCUGGAAAAUUUUGUUCCUUCAAUCACGAGCUUUUCAGCGAAGUCGUUAGAACAUCAAUGGGUUAUUUAUCGGUUCUCUACGCAGUGAAGACCGAAGAAUAA